UGACAUUCCACAACUUGGAAAAAGCACUUUUAAGGAGAAGUGAUUUGGUUUGAGAGAAACAUUGAAGAGAGGAGGAGAGAAGAUGGCAAGCACAGCUGGGAAAGUGAUAAAAUGCAGAGCUGCGGUUGCGUGGGAGGCGGGGAAGCCGUUGGUGAUCGAGGAAGUCGAGGUGGCGCCUCCUCAGGCGAUGGAGGUUCGGCUGAAGAUCCUCUACACUUCCCUUUGCCACACCGAUGUCUACUUCUGGGAAGCUAAGGGUCAGACUCCUGUUUUUCCUCGGAUUUUCGGCCAUGAAGCCGGAGGCGUUGUAGAGAGUGUAGGCGAGGGCGUGACCGAUCUAGCACCGGGAGACCACGUCCUCCCUGUGUUCACCGGCGAGUGCAAGGAAUGCGCUCACUGCAGGUCCGAGGAGAGCAACAUGUGCGACCUUCUGCGGAUCAACACCGACAGGGGAGUGAUGAUCAGCGAUGGCAAGACGAGGUUUUCGAUCAACGGAAAGCCGAUAUAUCACUUCGUCGGGACCUCCACAUUCAGCGAGUACACUGUCGUCCAUGUCGGAUGCGUGGCCAAGAUCAAUCCUCUGGCACCGCUCGAUAAAGUCUGCGUUCUGAGCUGCGGCAUUUCAACAGGUCUCGGUGCGACUCUUAAUGUUGCCAAACCACGAAAGGGUUCGACGGUGGCGAUUUUCGGUUUGGGAGCUGUGGGUCUUUCGGCUGCCGAGGGAGCGAGGCUUGCAGGUGCAUCGAGGAUUAUCGGCGUCGAUUUGAACUCAAGGCGAUUCGAAGAAGCUAAGAAGUUCGGCGUCACCGAUUUCGUGAAUCCUAGCGAAUACAACAAACCAGUUCAAGAGGUUCUUGCUGAGAUGACAAACGGCGGAGUCGAUCGCAGCGUGGAGUGCACCGGCAAUAUAAAUGCCAUGAUAUCAGCAUUUGAAUGCGUGCACGAUGGCUGGGGUGUAGCAGUUUUAGUUGGGGUGCCGCACAAAGACGCGGUAUUUAAGACCCCCCCUGUGAACUUCCUCAAUGAGAAAACACUGAAGGGCACCUUCUUUGGCAACUACAAACCGCGCUCCGAUCUCCCUUCAGUUGUAGAGAAGUACAUGAAUAAGGAGCUUGAACUGGAGAAGUUCAUCACGCACACCGUGUCGUUCUCGGAGAUCAACAAGGCGUUCGAGUACAUGCUCACCGGGGAAGGCCUUCGAUGCAUCAUCCGCAUGGCGGAUUAAAACAGUCGAAGUGAUCAGCAUUUGCGCAUGUAUCGACUCAAAAGAGGCCCUUUUCUGAUGCUUUCAAUAAAAUGGCCAAGUGUUUUUGGUAUCAGUUGAACUCAGUAGCUGUCACUCUUUUGUGCUUCUUAACUCAUCUCUUAUGUAUGUAAAAAGAAAAAGAAAAAUGUGGUCCUUUGUUUGUAAUUAGCUCACAAGUAAACACUAAAUUUGUGCUUUCGCGAUGUUUCUUUUGUUGGUAAUUAAUGAAUGAAGUUCGAUU